AUGAAAAGAAAGAAACAAAAACUCAUUUUGUUUUUGUAUUCUCCUCGUUGUUUAACUCCAGAAACAACACAGAAGAUAGAAAAAAUGUCGUUUACAGGAACAUUGGAUAAAUGCAAGGCCUGUGACAAAACCGUCUACGUGAUGGAUUUGUUGACGUUGGAAGGAAACACUUAUCACAAAAACUGCUUCAGAUGCAGCCAUUGCAAUGGCUCUCUCGUGAUAAGUAACUACUCAUCAAUGGAUGGAGUUCUUUACUGCAAGCGUCACUUUGAGCAGCUUUUUAAAGAAUCUGUCAAGAGUCUUCACACAGGAGGAAAGACAGACAAGACGAAUGAUCAGCUAACUCGAGCUCCAAGCAAGUUAUCUUCAUUCUUCAGUGGAACACAAGACAAGUGUGCGACUUGUCAGAAAACCGUUUAUCCACUUGAGAAAGUAACAAUGGAAGGAGAAUGUUUCCACAAGACUUGCUUCAAGUGUGCACACAGUGGUUGUCCUUUGACUCACUCUUCGUACGCUUCUCUCAACGGCGUCCUCUACUGUAAAGUUCAUUUCAACCAGCUCUUUCUCGAGAAAGGAAGUUACAAUAACGUCCAUCAAGCUGCUGCUAACCACCGCCGAUCCGCCUCUUCUGGUGCCUCUUCUCCUCCUCAUGAUGACCACAAACCUGAAGAUGAGGCCGUGGUUCCCGAGGGAGAAGAAGGAGAAGGAAAAAAAGAAGAAGAAGCAGCCCCUGAAGCUGCAGGAGAAGAGCCUGAGCCUAAGGCUGAGUAACUAUCCUACCAGUUCUCAAGUUUGAAGUUUUAUAUGCUUUUUAUCUUUACAAAUUAAUAUAUGUAUACAAUCAUUCUUUUUGUAAAUUAUUGUAAAGCUUGGA